AUGUCUGGGGGUUCAUCUCCCCCCAUCAUCAGCACGCCCGGCCCGUCUCACAGGGGACGUCAAGCGAUGGCGGGAAUUUUCGCCCAUCGCUCCCAACCUAUCGGCCUGGAACCGGACUCCGGAAAGGACGAUCGGCCCGGGCCUUCGGUCGCGGCCCAGGGGGUUCCGAGGAUUCGUCCGGAGGAAGCUUCGUCUCCCCCUUUGACGGAUCGCACUGGGCCCCCUCGGCCGCGGAAGAAGGCCAGGUCCGAGUCCGACCGGAGUUCUUCCGAGGCUAUAGACAAACGGCCACGUAUUGGACCUUCGUACAAAUCUAUUAACGAGGACGAUGAGGACGAGGACACUGAGGAGACGCCCUCCUCCCAUGAAACGUCCGACUCAGAAUCCGAGACCGAUUCAACCAAAUCCUCUCAUUCUUCCUCAUCGAGGGCGAAGUCCCUUACACCCCCCAAACCAACUCCCAAGCCGAGGAAGCGUACAGGGACGGCGGAAGUCUAUGCAGCCAAACAGCUGCGUACGCCUCCUCGGUCUCCUUCUCCUACCAUCUCCCCCAUCCUGACGGACAGGCCCAGGGGUGCCCCCACCACAGGCUGCACGGUGGGCAACCUGGAGUCAACCAGGUACAUGGACCUAGAGCCAACAGUCUCCAACCCUCAACCCAACUCCAUCCCCAAUCCCCCCCCCUCCCCAGCCUUCGGACACGCCUCCAACAACUGCCACCGAGCGGUCCGCUGCGUGCGAUGUGCGGGUGAGCACAUUGUGGCGGACUGCCCGAGGCCAAGGGAGGGACCCUUCAUCUGCGCCAACUGCGGGAAGGGCCACGCCGCUGUUGACAAGCGGUGUGUGUUCUACCGCAGGAGGGCGCGGAUGAUGGGGGUCACUAUUCCUCCCCCCGUACCGCCAGCGAGGCGCGCCGGUCAAGCCCCUACCCCUGCUCCACGUCCCGCACCAAGUCCAUCUCGGAAGGGCAAGGGCAAGGGAAAGAGUUCACAAGCCCUCCCUUUCCCUCCGGUUAAUACCCAACCUGCCACUGUGGAGGCCAGCGCAACAGCGGCUACCCUGAUGGCAGAGGCGAACCCUCAACGACAGGCCAUAAAGCCCCGCCCGGCCCCCCGUUCAAUCAACAAGGCAGGGACUGAUCUCCAACUCACUGAAGAAGCAGCCGCCAUGGGUGAAGGACAAGCUGCCCAGACGAUCCAACCUCCAUCUCCCAUGGAGAUAACAGUCACCGACCCGCCCCAGAACACGAAUACUCUGGGCGACUCGCAGCCCCCACUUCCUCCCCGCCCGCAGCGGGAGAGGCGCAGAGAUCGGCAGGACACGCAGCCUGUCGGCCUCGCUGCCUGGCUCCUCUCCCUGUGGGAGAAACUGUCCGAGGUGUCAGAGGGCGUAAUCCAACUCCUCAAACCGGAAUCGCCGGGAGUCGAGCUGGGAGGUGACGAUCUAGUCACUCCCAGGGAGGAGAGUAUUAGGAAGAUGCAGACACCUUCACUGACCAAUCGGACCUUGUUUGGAGAACAUUUUGACAGCGUCCACCGCAUAGGAUGGAACCAUGAAGUCGUCAAAGUCUAA